GUUCAAAUGGACAAAGUCUCCUGAUAUUUCGUGAUAAAUUUCUACUUUUCUCGAUAAAAACUUGGAAUGCAAGCAGAUUUAGCGUCAGAGUUAAAUAAACUGCAAAAGAUUAAAGAAGAACCACAUGACUCUCUCAAUGAUGUUUUUGACUUGCUGGAUGAUGGUUGUAAUGGUGGGGUAAAGGUUAUUCCAAGAAGCAUACCUGGUCGAAAUCAAGGUCAUAGGUUAACUGAACAACUUUCAAAGCUACCAAAUGGAUUGUUGCCAAUCUUUCCAUCAAAUCAUGAUCUGGAACUUGAAGAAUAUUUACUUCAUCCUGAGAAAUUACCGAUUCAUAAUUUCUAUGAAUCACAAACAUUCUGGUCCAGGACACAAAAACCCGAGUCAUUGUUCAAUACAACAUUUUCACCAGUUUUAACUGAUCUGAAAGUGAAAAGAGAUCCAAAAACAGGAAAACUUCUAGGAUAUCAUGAAGUUGCUCUUUCAAAUGCUGAUUCCACUGGUAGAAAUUCCACAUCUCUCCUUCGUCAUCCUGAGCCUCAGACAUCUGACAUACGAGGAAAUUCAACCAACAUUCCUUUUAAACCAGGGGGUUUGGAUCAGGUCGAUACUGACAGCAAUGCAAGGCCUAUGGACGUUUCAAGUUUAGACUUUGAAAAAGAUUUAUGUGAUAUUCCACCUGGGUUCACUCAGAGAGUAUCUUUUAAGUCUGAUGCAGUUGAUGGAAGUCAACAGAAAAAUGUGAUAAGCAUUGCUGAUAUUUUGACUGGCAAAGUAGACUUUGAUGAUGACUUUGAACAGAAAGAUGAAAAGGAUGUUGAAAAUGAGGUUGAAGAAACAUCAAAGGUGCCCAGUAUGGAUGGAGGAGCUUCAACUGAACUUAAGAAAAGUGGAAGCCUUGAAAAUCUUUUACCAAAGGAAGAAGAUAUCACAGAUGUUAAACUGGCAAAAAGUGAUUCAAUUGAUAACGAAGGUGAUCAAGAUUGGGCUGUGAUAGUCACUGAUCCUGUUAAAGAUUUCCAUAGCAGAGUGCCUGAAAUGGCAAGAACAUACAAAUUUGAGCUGGACACAUUUCAGAAGCAAGCCGUCAUUCAUUUGGAAAAUAAAGAAUGUGUGUUUGUUGCGGCACAUACGUCAGCUGGUAAAACGGUCGUUGCUGAAUACGCUAUUGCCCUGUCUGAGCGAAAUAUGACGAAAACGAUCUAUACCUCGCCAAUCAAGGCAUUAUCUAAUCAGAAGUUUCGUGAGUUUAAGGAUAGAUUUGAGAGUGUUGGCUUGAUCACUGGAGACAUGCAAAUAAACGCUGAUGCAAACUGUCUUGUUAUGACGACAGAGAUUUUAAGAUCAAUGCUAUAUCGAGGUUCCAGACUUAUUCGAGACACAGAAUGGGUUAUAUUUGAUGAGGUGCACUAUGUCAAUGACGCUGAGAGAGGCGUGGUGUGGGAGGAAGUCUUGAUUAUGUUACCAGAACACGUUGGAAUAAUCAUGUUGUCUGCCACUGUACCUAAUACCAAAGAAUUUGCUGGAUGGGUGGGGCGAAUAAAAAAGAAAAAGAUUUACGUUAUCAGCACGCUCAAACGCCCGGUUCCUUUAGUGUAUUAUCUCUAUACUGGAAACAGCGCUAAAACAGCCAAUGAAAUGUUUCCAAUUGUGGACCGUAAGGGAAAGUUUUUGCCGGAAGGUCAUAGAAAAGCGGUGGAAGCUAAGAAGGAGAGAUCACAAAAGUACAAAGCGAAGGAUAAUUAUGGAGCGAAGGGACCUCGCUCGCACACAAAUCCUAACGAGGAACGAAACGUUUGGAUUAGCUUGAUAAGAAAACUUGAAAAGGACGAGGGACUGCCUGUGGUUGCAUUCACCUUCUCAAGGAAUCGUUGUAACGAUAACGCUGGUCGACUGUCCAACAUGGAUUUAACGACUAGCAAAGAAAAACAUGAAAUCCAUAUUUUCAUGCAGAAAUGUAUUUCGCGAUUGAAAGAUCAAGACAAACAGUUGCCGCAGGUGAAGAAAAUGCAGGAGUUAUUGAAGCGUGGUUUGGCCGUUCAUCACAGUGGCAUAUUGCCAAUCUUGAAAGAGAUGAUUGAGAUGCUGUUUCAGGAUGGAUAUGUCAAGGUUCUCUUUGCCACUGAGACGUUCGCAAUGGGAGUAAAUAUGCCAGCGAGAACAGUUGUAUUUGACUCCAUUCGCAAGCAUGAUGGAGAAAAAUUUCGUGACCUACUCCCUGGGGAGUUCAUUCAAAUGGCUGGCCGAGCAGGAAGGCGAGGCCUGGACGAUACUGGAACUGUGAUAAUGUUAUGCAAAGCUGAUGUACCAGAAAUAUCUGCCAUUGAGAAAAUGAUGAUGGGAAAACCUGCUUUGCUGGAGUCCAGGUUUCGUUUGACAUACUCCAUGAUUCUGAACUUGCUGCGUUCAGAUGAAUUAUGUGUUGAGGACAUGAUGAAGCGAAGUUUUGCCGAGUUUCAUCUGCUGAGGAAAGCACCAGAAAGAAAAACAAUGAUCUUAAAAUGCGAGGAAGAGCUGAAGCAACUGGAAACACUGGAUUGUGAAAAGUGUACGAGCGAUGUUGGGGAGUAUUUUGAUGUCUGUAAAAGAUUGAAAAAUUUGACCCAUUCUCUCCAGAUAGCCACAGUGUCUUCACCAAGUGGACAGAAAUUAUUAUCAAAUGGUCGAAUAAUUAUUAUAUCAACUAAGCAAUUCUCAACACGAUAUGCGAUGAUUUUAAACAAGAAAUCUCAGUUUUCUUCUUUGGAGUCAAAAAACGAAACGAAAACAUACACAGUACUGAUUGCUUGCGAUCAAAAUGAACUCAUUUUGUCUGAGGAAAAAGGAAAUAAAGUGGGCGAUAAAUCUGAAGUGAUCGUUGAACCUUACACAGACACUAACGAGAUACAUUGUCCACAAAGACCAUGUGCUCAUAUGAUCAUUGAAAUCAGCGAGGGGGAUAUCGUUGUGAUUACUGAGCGAAUAAAACAAAAUUUGAACGGUGAAGCCAUGAUAAACGAUUUUAAUAAAAGACAACAGCCACGUUUUAGAAACGAUCUUCCUGGAAAGUCCAUCAGCUCAGCAAUAGAGGAACUAAUGAAUCUUUCAGAAACGUUUCCUAAAGGCUUGCCUAUGAUGAAUAUUGUUGUGAAGGAUUUGACGCUUCACGAACAAAAAACUGAAAGAAAAAAGUUGGAAUCUGAAAUUCAUGGUUUUGAGUGUGUGGCAUGCCCGAGCUUCAAAGAUCAUUUCAGGAAAUACACCAAAAGAAGAGUGUUGUUGGAUGAGAUAAAAGGUUUGGAAGCUAAAUCGUCGAUAGAAAUGCUCAGUCACAUCGAUGAAUAUCGGCAUCGUAAAGAGGUUUUGAAAGAACUUGGAUAUUUGAGCUUCAACGAAGUGGUAGAUAUGAAAGGUCGUGUUGCUUGUGAGAUCAGCAAUCAUGAAGUCCUAAUAUCCCUCCUUCUUUAUAACAAUUUCUUUAAUGGUUUUGAGCCGGCCGAAGUUGUCGCCUUGCUCUCGUGUUUUGUCUUUGAACAGAAAAAGUGCGGAGAACCAAAGCUAACCGAAAAACUCAAAAAGGGGAAAGAGACGAUACUGCAGACCGCUACAAAAAUUGCAACCGUAGAGAAAAAGUGUGGAAUGGAUACAUCCUGCGAAGAAUUUCUUCAACAAUUUAAAUUUGGUUUGGUUGAAGUUGUUUACGAAUGGGCAAGAGGGAUGCCUUUCAAUGAAAUCACAGAUCUCACAGAUGUACAAGAAGGCAUAAUUGUCAGAUGUAUCCAGCGCCUGAAUGAUCUGUGCAGUGACGUAAAGAACGCCUCGAGAUGUCUUGGUGUUAAGGACGUUGAACUAAAAAUGGAGAUAGCAUCAACUCUUCUCAAACGUGAUAUAGUAUUCGCUGCCAGUCUCUAUACGGAGUGACGAAAACAAUGUUAAUUAUUGCAUAAUAGAAAUUCUUAGAAUUUUUUACUUCGAGCGUAGUUUCUGAGUGUUGAAGCUCUUUUUAGAAAUACAGUAACCCUGGUGGCAUUUAAAUAACAACGUUGCUACUUCGUCACCGUUCACUGAUAAACAAUGCUCAAUCAACAUCGGACCUUUUCAUCCUCUUCAAUAAAAAAUCUUUACUAUUAUUAUGACGUC